AUGAUGAACCAUCAUCUGCCCGCAAUGCCCCAUGGGCAGCCACCCAUGCCUGCUCCUCGGCGCCAGCAAGACCUCCCUUACGCCAGCGGACCUCCCAACAUGCGGUCGCCUCCCGCAUACAUGGGUUACCCGCCCCAGAUGAACGGCCAUCCUCCCCCGGCGGCCUAUUCUCCGCAGCAAUAUCCCCAAUGGUAUGCGCCGUUUCCCCCGAUGCAGAUGCCUCCUCGUCCGUAUCCCAACCCGUAUGCGCCGGCCUUCAUAUCCUCAUACCCACCUGCCCAGCCUUUGAUGGCUCCAGCCCACAUGCCACCUCAGCCGCUCCCUUUACAGCCAAGAACAUCAACUCCCUUUCAAAAUCCGAUGUCGCCUUCCAUUGUUUCCACACCUGCGCCUAUACCUCCGCAGCCACAAUCUCCGGCAGUCAUUCCAGUGCAUUCAACUCCGAGCCCGGCCAUGUCCUCGUCUCCUGCGCCGGUCUUAGUUCACGCCGCUCCGCCUCCUACAAAGGCCUUCCACGCUCCUGUUCCGUGGCUGUCUGUCCCUGAAAUCCCAUUCCCAGCCAGAGCUCCUCACGGCAGACGAAGAAACCGCAACCUGCAGGGGUCUUCUCUUGACGUUGAGCUCCCUGUAAAGGAUGGUCAAAAAGCUCAAGAGAGCGGAUCUACCAAUUACAAAUCUCAGGAAAGCUAUGCCCAGACUCCCUCCGAACCUCAGACGCCGACCAUGUCUGCUGCUCCCUCCAUCGCCGACUCCACACAACCCACGACACCUUCUUCGGCUGUGCAGAGCUCUUCUGCCCGUCUUCAAUCACAGGCCAAGGGGAAGCCCGCUAUCCCCGUCGUUCCAGUGGUUCCGGUCAUCCCUAGUCCUAGCACUCCGCGACAGGGCACUACCAAAGUUGACACUAGUCGCCUCGCCGACUCCGAAAAGUCGGCCGAAAAGUCGGCCGCAGUCACCACCGCCACGGCUGAUGAUACGUCGCCAGAAGCAGCUGCUCAGCCUAACGAGUCAGCUGAGGCAAAGCAAGAAGCUCCCGCGAAGCCAGCAGCACCAAAGUCCUGGGCAGACUUAGUUCGAAACAAAAAUUUGGCCCGUGCUGCAGCCAGCCCCUCAUCGGACGUGGUCAAUGGAGUAGUGCAACACCGGAAUCAGUCUGUUGCGGAUGUCUUACAGAACUUGGGAGAGGAUGUCUCUCAGUACAGUGACAAAGUAGCCUUUCUUGAACCUCGAGGACUUGUCAACACCGGUAACAUGUGCUAUAUGAACUCGGUCCUUCAGAUUCUGGUUUCUUGCGUGCCUUUCUACCAGUUCCUGGACCACAUUGGAAAGCGAGCGUCUCACAGCUUCCAAAGCGACUUCCCAAUGAUUGAUGCGCUUAUCAUGUUUAUGAAAGAGUUCCGUAUUAUCGACGCCGCCCACGACGAAGACCAAUUGCGGAUGAGACUCAAGCCUAAUGAGCUCGAGGAAUACGGGGAGGCCUUUAUUCCAGAGUUCGUUUACCAAGUCAUUCGCCAGCUCCCUCGCUUUAGGGACAUGCGCCGCGGGCAUCAACAGGAUGCUCAAGAGUUCCUCGGUUUCCUGCUGGAGGAGAUGCAUGAAGAAUGCGCUCGUGCUCUUAAGGACUCUACCAAUCCAUCUACCCCAACAUCCGAGGCGGAGGCCACUGCAUCUACCAACGGCGAGGGCUUGGAUGGCUGGAUGGAGGUUGGCCACAAACAGAAAUCUGCCGUUACGCGAUCAUCCGGCCACAUUGCCUCGGAGUCUCCAAUUACAAAGAUCUUUGGAGGCAAGAUUCGGUCCGAGUUCCGUGUUCCCGGAAACAAAGCUUCAGUUACUCUUGAACCUUACCAGCCACUUCAACUCGACAUAGGCUCGCCCGACGUCCAUGAUAUCGUGGACGCAUUAAAGGGCCUAACCAAAUCGGAGAGCAUUCAAGGUGACUUCAACUCUGCUCGCGGACCUAACGUAACCGCCACGAAGCAAGUGUUUAUUGAAACCCUACCCCCGGUCCUUAUCCUCCACUUGAAGCGGUUCCAAUACGACAGUGUCACUCACGGAACUCAGAAGAUCUGGAAGAAGAUCGGAUACCCUCUCGACUUGGAGAUCCCUCGCGAGGUGUUCCCACCCCACCGACGUAACAUUAUGAUGGCUCAAGGCGGUCUGCCUAAAUACCGUCUUAUUGGAGUCAUCUACCAUCACGGCAAGAACGCAAGCGGUGGUCAUUAUACUGUGGAUGUCCGCCGUCAGGAAGGUCGUGAGUGGAUACGCCUUGACGACACGGUCAUUCGCCGUAUCAAGAGCGAGGAGGUCGCGGAAGCUGGGGGUAGGGAAGAUCCCAAGGUGCUAGCCGCCGCGCUGGAACAGCACAAGCGUGACAAAGAUCCCACCAAUAUCUACGAUCAUAUCGAAAAUGACCAGUCCGACGAUGAGCGGGGAUGGAGCCAAGUUAACGGCAGCUCCGGCGGUCACUCUAGCAAGAAGUCCACCUCCGGUGUCAACGGCACUCCGACCCAGUCUGGGGCAUCCUCUGGCGUCCGUACCCCGCUUGGACGAUAUGGAACCCGCGACAACAAGGUGGCAUACCUAUUGUUUUACCAGCGUAUUCCAUGA